AUGGAGGAGGUAAUGCUACCUCCUUUAGAAUCAAGAAAGGAGAGGACUCUUGCUAAAUCGCUGGACAACCAAGCAACGCAUGAUUUAUUUAUUUUGAACAAGGAAGAGAUAUAUGAAUAUGAUAUUAAGGACAUGAAAAUGACGAGCUCAAGAGAAGUUAGACAUAAUCCAAACCUUGCUCAAGCGAAUGCACCUCCACCGAAAAAGACCAAAGUUACUUUCAGCCGAGAAGAUUUUAUUGAUCCCAUCAUUUCCGAAGGUAUAUCAGUUGAAGACUGGAUGAAGGAAAAUGAAAAUUUGUAUGACUUAAAAUUCAAAAGGGAUGAAAAGAGGGGAAAGAAGAUUCAAAAACGCCCUUUUACCAGACCGGAAUCUCAGUCGUCACUUGACUCGGGAGGCAUGAGAGAAGGGACAACAAAACUUCCAGUUUUGAAAGAUGUUUUUUUGAAAGAAAAACCUCCUUCCAAACAAUUGGUGCAUUAUUUGGAUAUUCUAAGUGGAGAGAAACAAUCCAACACAAAAAAAAUACAAAAAGUAGCACCAGAUGACGAAGAGGAAAUUUCCAAAUUAAAAACAGGUGAUGACGCUGUGGCAUUCUUUUCAAAAGCAGGAAAAAGCACCGCUGUAAAAUUUGUAUACUUAAAUAGAGCCGAUUCAAAUGGCGUGGAUUAUAGACCGUAUGAUCUUGUGGUGGUUCCGAAGAGUGACACCAACCCAGAAUAUUUUACAAUGUCUUCUACAGGUGUGGUUCAUAUUUGCCCAGGACAACCAACAGAAUACAUGUCACUCUCUGAAUGGAUGAAAGAAUCAACAAUGUUUAAUGUUUUACGGCGAAUUAGGUUCUUUAAAUAUUACUUGGUUCACAAAUGCUUUAGAUUAUGGUAUCAAAACGCAAGGUACCUCAAGUACAGCAAAAAGAGAUUGGACCUUGCCAAAAACUUUUUCUUGGCCAAAAAGACAUUUUCUUCAUCCAUUAUGAAAAUUCACAAGUUAUCUUACGAUUUACAGUAUACACCAAUUAUGGAUUUAAGAGAAAAAGAAAAUUCUAGUGAACCAUCUGUGACCAUUGAACAAUUCCAUGAAGCCCAAAAAGAACUGAGAUCCAAGUCUUCUAAAACGUUUGAUGAGAUUAUUGAAAAAAUGGAAGAAAUCUUGGUACAACUUUGUGAGGACGUCACUUCACGAUCUCGUGUUCCAGAUAUGAACGCCUCAGAAAAUAUUGAAGCUUAUCUGAGUGGAAAAAUACCAACUAUUGAAACAGAGGAUGACUUUUCAGCAAAGAAAUCAAAGUCUAUGGUGGAGGCUCAGGAGGAAGAAGAAAAGAGACAACGCGCUCUUAAAAAAGCAAGAGAGGAGGCGGACAUGCUUGGAAACUUUAUUCGUGUUUCAGACUACAUGGCAGUUGAGUCUCUCGUUACUCUGUCUAAGAAGAUCCUCGACAAGUUCAAGGUCACACUCCAAGAAACAAAAUCAAUUUUAUUCUUGGUCAAUUUACUUUUCAAACAAGAUGGUAGUGGAGACAUUGUAUUUGAGCCCUCUGAGGGUUCUAUUAUGCAUGUUCUGCAAUCUAAUUCUGAUGAAAUUGUUACUACAGUCAGUCAGGUUCCAAGAUUAUUAUACAUGCGUAAAUUCAAGGUUUAUUUCGAUAACAUGGAUAAAUUCAAGAUGGACGAACAUUUGAGACAGCUUCAUGUUGGAAAGGUUUUGCAACGGGAUGAAGUAUUUAACUCAAUCAAAUCGCAAAUAGAAAUGAUGUUACAUAAUGAUUUCUUGAAAGCACUCGAGUAUGGAAAGGACUUUGAGGGUCUCAAAUACUGGUAUAAGUUCGGAAAAGAUUGGGAUGAAAAAUAUGCAGAAAAACGUCACACUGUUCAAGAGUUUACUGACAAGAUUAAGCAUGUGAACGACGCUCUAUUGGAAUUGAAGAGAAUGAACUUUGUACAAGAGAAAGGAAUUCUAUUUAUUGACAGCAAACAGCUCAGAAAUACGCUACAACCUAUCAUGGAAAAUAUUUACGAACAAAUCAAACUAUCGAUCAGCAUUACUUCUCGAGAAAUGUGUCUUGAACUUAACAAAAAGUUUGUCGAGAGGGUGAGAAUAAUGAAAGAAGAACCUACCAAGUUAAAAGAUUUUGCCAAAUUUAUCGACAAUCAUAACAAGAUUAGGAAGGAAACUCGACAACUCAUGAUAGCAGCAGAUGAAGUUGAAAAGAUGAACGAGUUAGCAGCCAAGAACAAGGUGGAAAUGGAAAGAGCCGAUCAAGUUGCACUUGAAUCGCUCAAAGAAAUCAAAGACGAAUUUCUCCAAGUAUUCAAGAAGGCUGAAUUGUACAAAGAAAAUAAUAUGUCUUCUAAGAAGGCUGAGCUGGAGGAAAAUGUACAAAAAGUCAGUGAUGACUUGUUAGAUAUGAUGACAGUUUUGAGAAAUCCUCCGUUUGUUACAGCCGAUGCUGACCCAGUUGAUGUGUUGGAGAAACUUUCAAGACUUGGAGAGGAAAUUGCACAAUUUAAGGAAAAGACAGAAAUCUAUAAAGAGUACCAAGUGCUGCUAGAAGCACCUGUAAAAGAAUGGACAAACUUGACAGGAGCAGAAACUCAGUUCAAUAUUAGGAGUCAAAUAUGGAAAUCGAUUGAUGAAUUCUCGAAAAAAUCAGAAGUAUGGGACACCACAGACAUACAAAAACAAGAAAUUAGCGAGAUUGAACAAGAGGUUGAAAAGUACUAUCAACUUGCGAAUGAGUUGAGCAGGUUUGGUGAGGAUGACGUCAUACGUCUUCUCAAAAAAACAGUUCAAGUGUGGAAAGAUAAUUUACCAGUCAUUUUAUUGAUCGGCAAUAAGGAUUUGAAACCUCAUCACUGGGAACAAAUUUUCAAGGGCAUGGGCAAGGAGUCAGCUAAAGGUGCUUCAUACACUCUUAGACAGCUUAGUACCCUGGGAAUAUUUAUGUACAAAGAUCUAAUUUCCGAAGUUUCUACUGCGGCCUCAGCGGAGGCAGCUCUCUACAAGAAACUGGAAUAUAUUGCACAAGUUUGGCGAGAGACUGAUUUAGACUUUAAAGCUCUGCCUCACAGGAAAGAUUUUUACAUUUUGAAUCAAACAGAGCCCAUACAACGACUUUUGGAUACUCACAAAUCAGAGCUGAAAGAAAUGUUGGAAUCCAAAUAUGUGACAAUAAUUCGAACAAGAGUUGAAGAUUGGAUCAAGAAAUUGGACAAUGUCUCGAUAAUUUUCCAUGAAUGGCUUUCGUGCCAAAGACGAUUGUUGUCAUUGGAAUAUAUUCUCACUUCUGACCUUAUCAAAAAGGAACACCCAGAAGACGUGGCUAGAUACAUUUCAAUUAGCUCUGAAUUCAAGGACUUGAUUAGCAAGACAAGCCUCAACAGAAAUGUAUUAGUAGCAACUCAUGAAGAAGGAAUUCUUGAUUCAUUUGGUAGAUGGAACAUGGCUUUUGAUGAAAUUGAAAGCAACAUCAAAUCUGCUGAAGAAGGUGACGACCUGAUUGAAAGCGAGGAAGACGACGAUGGAGAAGAAGACGAUUUGGAAGACAAUGAUGAAUAA